UUCUCAUAACCCCUACUGUAUAAUGCCCGUGAACCUUCCUUGCGAUAAUAUGUCAAAAAACUCCUCACACGAAAUUAUUGGGUGGCUGUUGUCACUCUCAGUCUCAACUACCAUCCAAAUUUCAUCAUCACAAAAAAAGACAGGUAGUGGAAGCAAUUGGUCUGAAAAAAACAAAAUAAAUAGCCAUAUACCGACCACAUUUAUCAUUUAAACACUGAUUCUCAUACUCCACUCCUCCUUAUCUAUCUCUAUAUCUAUGUGAUGCCCACCUCAAACCUUACCAUAUCCUACCCUUUUGCCACUGCCCCAUCACCCAUGGAAUGGUUCUCCUGGCUUUCAAGAACCUCUCUUGAGCCUUCCUUAAUCUAUGACUACGGCCUCACCUUUGCACGCAAUGAGCUUCAAUUGGAAGAUGCUUGCUACUUCAACCACGAGUUUCUUCAGAGCAUGGGCAUCUCGAUUGCCAAGCACAGACUAGAAAUUCUGAAGCUUGUGAAGAGGGAAGGAAGAGGAGGAGGAGGUCGACCGAAGAAGCUCUCUGGGGUCAUCAAGAAAUGCCUUAGGAAGUGCAUGAACAAGUUUGUUUCUCGUGAUGACGAUGAUGAUGAUCACGUAGUGAAAGGUGUGCCCUCCUUGAUGCCUGUUUCAAUGGCGCCACCAGAGAUUAAUUGGUACGAAGGGAAAGUGAGAGGGUCAUCGGUUGUGAGGAAGCAACAAGAAGGAAGCGAAGAAGCUAAGGAAGAGAAGGCUCUACCUGUGCCUCCCAUGUACAGAAGCAGGACCAUUGCACUUUCAGGACCGUUGGAUGGUAGUAGAAUCAUGCAUGACAAAAUGGUCCACAACAGAGCCUUGAAGCUAUCUGGACCACUUGAUGGAAGAAUGCACGAAAGAAUGAUGAUGAUCAACUCUAACAGAAGCCCUUUAAUACCCAGGUCUCUGGAUGCAAGGUUUGUAGCCACAGCAAAGAGUCCAAGACUGUCAGGGCCUCUGGAUCCAAGAUCCAUGCCUGCGGAGACCAAAAGCCCAAGACCUCCAAGGGCUUCAGAUUCAACAAGGCCCGACAUCGAAAGCCCAAUGUCUUACAGUCCUUAUAACAAGCCCAAAGCCGAUUUUGACUAUGACGAUGAUCACACACUCUGGCCUUCACUGUUUCAAGAUCUGAAACCGACUUGAUUUUGUCUUUUCCGUUCCAUGAUCACGUAUCACACUUCCUUCACCUUUAACAAUUCUCAGUGGUCAGAGUCAUAUCCCAACAUUGAAGCCAACAUCUCUUGCCUGAUAGAUUGUUUAUCAGCAUUGUUGAAAAUGUAAUGGCAGACCAGGAAAAAGCAGCUAGACAGGUUUGUCUGUAAAAUAAAGUGUGGUGUGCUAUAUUUGUUAUUGAACUUGAGUAGUUUUUAGUGGCCUGAAGUUUGAGGUAGCUUAAACGAACCCCCAGAAUAAAGCAUUUGGUAAACGGGCUUAAUUCUUAUAGUCAAGAUAAUGCUGGAGAGAGUACCCGCAACACACACACCAGCCAGAGUGAAAAAGGUUAGCUGAAAACAACUUGGACCAAUACAUGCAACACCUGAAGCAAUGAGGCCUUCGCCAUGUUGUUUUGCUGCCUCGUUAUCAUAUACGUGUCCUGCUAGAAGAGCCGAGAAAAGUGAUGCACCAAGUGGAUUCCCCAGACCCAUGAAGUUGCUCAACAAACCAAAGUGUUUCAACCCAAAAAGCUCUGAAACAGUGGGAAUCACUAUGGAAAAUUGCACGCCAUAGCAGAUGCCAAGAACUGCAAUUGCAGGAUAUAGUGUUCCCUUGAUAGCAUAUGCAAAGAGAAGGUACAAGAAUAUCAUAAUUAUCUGCGUGCAUGUCAUCCAAAUUGUCCUUGGAAUCGUUUUUGUCCUGCAAAUUGUCAAAACAAUUAUACUUUAUUCAUGCGUCGUCAUUCAUAUUUAGAUGGUAAAAAGACAGGUACAUGUGUAUAAAACAAAUUACAAGUGUAUUUAGUUUUAUAGUAAUUGUCUUAAAA